GUGCUGGGUUGGGAAUGGCCUGCUUUGGUAGUUGUCGCUUUUAUUGAACAGAAUUGUGAGCGGCAUCCCAACCAGGCUCUUCCCUACAGCAGAGUUGAAAGCAAUCGGGUCACACUGCAACCAGCUCGGUAUCAGCUCGAAGUCAAUUGGCUGUUGUUGGUUUGGGAAGAUGCGAAAAGGGGCAAAGGAAUUGAAUGGGGGCUUGGUCUUGGCUUCUGAUGCCUUUUUUGUGUUGCUACGUCGAGUCAGUCAUGGCAGGAAGCGGUGCUGCGAUGCGGCGUUCUGCAUGCUGUGCCAUAUGCUUCAGUUGUCACCAAGAUAGGGAUAUCGCGACAGACUCGUCUGCCACCGAAUCUCGCAUUAAGUAUCCAGUCCCAAAAAUGGACCGAUAACCGGACAGAGCCGUGAGUUGAUCAGAGCAAUGCGAUGUUCCCCUUGGCUCAGUGUCCAAAAUCUCCUUCCCUUCCAAGAGCAGCUACGGAGUAUUCGUAAAACCAGGAGAAAUUGCGAGGCUUCAGGGGCCGCACAAACAGCACAGUGUGUUGUAAAACUGUGAGGACCUAAACUGAGGUGUGGCGUG